AUGCGCAUUGCGUACCAGGAGGUCGACGCUCCCCCAGUGGCUUGCGCACACCCCGGCCCGCUGUACCAGCACCCUAAUAACCCAAGCCACAGCCACCAAAGACACCAAGAACUUGCCCUGGCCGCAGCCUCAGCCCGGCUCUGGUGCUCCAGCGGCACCCGCGCUGCUGCUCGCUCGCUGUCAGCCUCGCCUGGCCUCGCCCUAGCUGAGGUUCUUCUCGCCCACCACCAACCACCAACCACCAACCACCACAACACAAACACCACGUCUCCCCGCAGACACUCUCGACAUACCUGCUUCCACCGACGCUGUGCGCCCUCGCGCUCCCUUGCCGCCAUGCCUAGCCUCUUUAACAAAAUCAAGAGCUCUGGCACACCCUCCACCACGCCUGCCGCCAAGGAUGCUACCCCCAAGAAGAAUGAUAUCACCACCGAAGUCACUCCUCUGGAGAAGAUGCUCCAAAACGCCGGCGCACUCACUCAAGACGGCCGCGACAGGUUCCUAGGCUUCGAGAACCACCGUCUGAUGCUGACAACGACACUAUUAACGCUACCUAGCUACUGCAACUCCAUCGUCCAAGCCCUCUUCCACUCCGACCAAUUCCGCGAAGGCGUCCUCAACUAUCCCUCUCUAUCCCCGACCGAUACCCCCAAUCGCCCCUCGUACAAGCCAAAUGUCACUAUUAGACCGCCCGUCACACCUGCAACGUCUGCUACGCCGCAAAAGCCGCCCAAACUGUCUACGUCGCAGGCCCUCAAGCAGCGCCACGCCAUCAACGCCGGUCAACCCCUUCCCGGCCAACCGCCCGUCAAACCAGAAGACAAACCAGACACCCCAGAAUACAAGAAGAAGCAGGCCAUGCUCAAAGGUCCAAUUCUUGAGCUCGCCCAAGAAAAUCAUGUGCCCUUUGGCAUGGACGAAUGUACAUUCACGGGGCUCAAAGACAUAUUCAUGGCCGUCACACAGAGCAACUCGAGAACCGGAGUUUUGAGUCCGCAACGCUUCUUGGAAAUCUUUAAGCGCGACAAUGAGAUGUUUCAGAGCUCAAAUCACCAGGAUGCCCAUGAAUUUCUACGCCUCGUUCUCACAGACGUCAUUGCCAGCGUCGAUAACCACGCCAAGCACAUUCAAGAUCAUAUCGAUACAGGUGCCGCCACGAACGGCUCAAUCGAAUCUCUUAAUAACGGCCUCUCGGUAGGACUCCAAUCUGGUUCACCUUACAACUCGCCUGGUACCGGCUGGGUCCACGAUGUUUUUGAAGGCAUUGUGACGUCAGAAACAAAAUGUCUCACCUGCGAGACAGCAUCGCGGCGGGAUCAGACUUUUCUGGAUCUAUCUAUCGCUCUAGAUGAACAUACUUCCGUCUCGUCUUGCCUGCGCAAGUUCUCUGCUGAAGAAAUGCUAUGCGAGAGGGACAAAUUUCAGUGUGACCAUUGCGGUGGUCUCCAAGAAGCCGAAAAGCGAAUGAGGGUCAAGAAGCUACCCAAGGUUCUCACCCUGCAUCUAAACCGUUUCAAAUACACAGAAGACUAUAGCCGUGUCCAGAAGCUAUUCCACAGGGUUGUCUACCCCUACCAUCUUCGUAUGUUUCAUACGGCCGACGAGGCGGAAGACCCAGAUCGCCUCUAUGAACUUUACGCAGUCAUCGUUCACAUUGGAGGCAAUGGAUAUCACGGACAUUAUGUGUCUAUCAUUAAGACUAGAGACCGCGGUUGGCUUUUGUUUGACGACGAGAUGGUCGAGCCUGUGGACAAGCAUUUUGUUCGAAAUUUCUUCGGUGACAGGCCGGGAAUGGCGACAGCCUACCUUUUAUUCUACCAAGAAACGACAUUCGAGAAAGUCCGCGCCGAGCAAGAGGCUGAGGGCAGAGAAGAGGUUCGACUCGCUACAGAGGCCGCCAAUAUUGCGCACGAGGAAAGCGACAAAGCAGACGAAACGCCCAUAUCUCGACAAAAGACACAACCAACGCCUGUGCUAUCGGAGCAGGACCAACUCUCCAGCUUGGCCCACGCCAGAACGGCACCGGACCUAACGUUGCAGUCGCCAAAUGCAAGCCAAGGAUUGGUACCCCCGACACCUGCUGUUCCCUCAACAGUAAAUUCAGCCAAGUCAAAGGAUGAGCUGAAGCGAGAAAAGAAGGAGCGCGAAGCUGCGGAAAAGGCCGCUCGCCAGCAUGAGAAGGACGAGCUGAAAGCCAAGGACAAGGAAAUGAGGGAGCACGAGCGGAAGCGUCGCGAUCAGGCUAUUUCCGUGAUCCAGGCUCGUCGGCAAGAGCAGGAUCAAUUGGAAAAGGUUCUUCAGGCGAGCAAGAAGUCAGCUGCUAAGGAAGAUGACUCACGGAAGAAAGAGGAGGGCAACGGUGGCGCUUUUGGCUUCCUCGACCGUUCAAAGCGCGGCAGCAAAUCAGGCAGCCGCAAAGCAUUUGGCUUAUUCGGAAAAGAGCGAAACAGCGAUGAAGCUGCCGGUGAAGCUAUUGUAAACGGCGACGCACCCGAAAAGGAGAAAACAAAAAGCCGGCUGAGCAUGGGACUAGGCCGCAAGAAGAGCACCAAUCUUUUAUCAUAG